AUGAAUGUAAACAUUGCUACAGUAGAAAGUCAAAAUAUUGAUGUUAGUGACUGGAUAUCAAGUUGGUUUCACCAAUCUUCUGAUUGUCAUAAGCAUGAGUGGAAUAACUGGGUCAUUACAUUGAUGACAACUGCUUGGUUUAUCUGGAAGAAUAGAUGUUCUAAGGUUUUUGAGAACAAAAAUCAAAAUAUAUUCUUCACAAUAAGCUCUAUUAAUUUUAUGAUAAACCACUGUAUAACUGCUGCUCCGGUGAGAAUUCAAAAGCAAGUACAGCUAUGGUCUCCACCUCCUAUGGGAGUCUUAAAAAUCAAUGUUGAUGCUGCUUUCGUUUAUGAUACUUCUGAAUUUGAUAUUGGACUAAUCAUACGCGAUUCAACAGGAAUUUGCAGGGGCAUCAGAGGGAAAUACUUCAAUGGAGGAAUAGAUCCAGAAAAUGUUGAAUGUCUACACAUCAAAGAAGCUUUAAUGUGGGCUAGAGACUGUCAAUUUCAUCAAGUUAUUUUGGAAGGGAUUAGUUUGAAUGUUAUUAACUCAAUCAAUCAGAAGAAUUCGUCAGUCCAAUGGAACAAUCUGGGCAUUAUAGAAGACAUACGACAGAUAGUGUCCACUAUUUCUUGCUUUUCUGGUAUUACUCUAAGUCAUGUUAAGAGAACAGCUAAUAAUGUUGCACAUGUAAUAGCUAAAACCUCUAUAGCUGAUAGAUCUACUUUUGAAUACUCUUGUAACAUCCCAGAUAAAUUCAAGAAGAUUAUUGGGGAUGAUCAAAAAUCUAUCAGCUUAAGUUAUGUAAAUUAA